AUGACAAAAGACAGAGACACAACUACAGAGUUAGAUAUUGAACAAUUGAUUCAAGAACUAACAUUAUCGGAAAAGAUCUCCCUUCUAGCGGGAAAUGACUUCUGGCACACGGUGCCCGUGAAAAGAUUAGGCAUACCUUCAAUUAGAACCUCAGAUGGUCCAAAUGGGAUUAGGGGCACCAAAUUUUUCAAUGGUGUUCCAUCUAAUUCAUUCCCUUGUGGGACAGCUAUGGCGUCUACAUUUAAUAAGGAGCUAUUGGAAGAAGCCGGUGAACUAAUGGGAAAGGAAGCUAGAAUGAAAGGAACUCAUGUCGUUUUAGGUCCGACGUGUAAUAUUGUUCGUUCUCCAUUAGGAGGAAGAGGUUUUGAAUCGUAUUCUGAAGAUCCUUUGUUAUCUGGUCAUGCUGCUUCGCAUGUUAUUCAAGGUAUUCAAAACAAGGAAAAGAUUCUUGCUUGUAUUAAACAUUACGUAUGUAACGACUUGGAAGAUGAGCGAAAGUCUGUAGACACCAUUAUAACAGAAAGAGCAUUGAGAGAAAUAUACUUGAAACCAUUCCAAAUUGCUCUUCGUGACUCAAACCCAAAAUCAAUGAUGACUGCCUACAAUAAGGUCAAUGGUAUUCAUGUUUCGCAAUCAAAGAAAUUGUUGCAAGAUAUUUUAAGGAAGGAGUGGGGCUACGAAGGUACUGUUAUGUCAGAUUGGUUUGGUACCUAUUCAAUUAAAGAGUCUUUGGAUGCGGGCCUUAAUUUGGAAAUGCCUGGUCCUACGAGAUUUCGUGAAGAUAUUCCUACUUCCCAUAAAGUAUACUCUAAUGAGAUUCACAUUGAUGUGAUUGAUGAAAAUGUCCGUUAUAUCUUAAAAAUGGUAAACGAAGCUAUAAAAAGUGGAAUUCCAGAAAACGCACCAGAAGUUGCAAAUGAAAGUCAGGAAGCUUCUGCUUUUAUAAGAAAAAUUGGGGGUGAAUCAAUAGUAUUGUUGAAGAAUGAAUCUAAUAUUUUACCGUUAUCUAACCAAUCAUCCAAGGGUAACGAGAAAUUUGCCAUUAUUGGUCCAAAUGCAAAAACUUCUCAAGAUUCAGGAGGUGGCUCUGCUUCUUUAAAUGCUCGUUACAAAACAACCCCAUACGAAGGAAUCAAAGAAAAGUUGGAAGAAGCCGGAAACUCUGUUUCAUUAGAAUAUGAGCUUGGUGCUUCUUUAGAUAAAACCUUACCAGACAUUGGUCAUCUCUUGAAGACUGAAUCAGGAGAAUCCGGGUUGACUGCCACCUUUUAUGAAGAAGACCCAAGUGUAAAGUCUAGAAAACCGUUCGAAAAAAUGCAUAUGGACAGUUCUAAGGUCUUCUUGGCUGACUUUAAGAGUGACAAAUUAAAACCAGGUCAGCUUUUAUUUUACAUCGAUUUUGAAGGUACCUUCUCACCAGAAGAAACAGGUACAUAUGAGUUCGGCUGUUCGUGUUUAGGUACUGCCCAACUUUUUAUUAAUAAUAAGUUAGUGGUUGAUAAUAAGACCAAACAAAAAGCUGGUAACGCAUUCUUCUUGGGUAUGGGUACAGACGAAGUGGUUUCCGAAAUUGAAUUAAAGAAGGGAAAUGAUUAUAAAGUUAGAGUUGAAUUUGGAACUUGUCCAACCUCAUCUGUUAGUGGACAAUUCUUGGAAACUGGCGGUGUUUAUUUUGGAGCCCGUUUGAAGACUACCCCAGAAGAGAAGAUCUCAAGAGCUGUAGAAUUGGCUAAAAAAGUUGAUAAAGUGAUCUUAUGCAUUGGGUUAACUAAAGACUGGGAAACUGAGGGCUUUGAUCGUCCAAACAUGGAUAUUCCUGGCUAUUCUGAACAAUUGAUUAAAGCUGUUUCCGAAGCUAAUCCUAAUGUUAUUGUUGUGAACCAGUCUGGUACUCCGGUCACUAUUGCACCAUGGAUCAACAAGGUCUCAGCAUUGGUGCAGGCUUGGUACGGCGGUAUCGAAUUGGGUAAUUCAAUCGCCGAUGUCUUAUUUGGGGAUGUCAAUCCUUCGGGUAAAUUGUCUAUGACCUUCCCAGAGAGAUUAGAAGACACUCCAUCAUUUGUUAAUUUUGCAUCUACUAACGGUCGUGUAUUGUACGGAGAAGAUGUUUUCGUUGGUUACAGAUACUACGAGAAGGUUAAGCGUAAUGUGUUAUAUCCUUUUGGCUACGGAUUAUCCUAUACUUCAUUUGACUUUAAAGAUUUGAAGGUCUCUGCUACCGAAGACUUACUUACUUCAUCAGUUACAAUUACCAACACAGGCAAGGUUGAAGGUUCAGAAACAGUUCAAUUGUAUAUCAAACCAGAAAACCCAAGCAUAAUAAGGCCUAUUAAGGAAUUGAAGGAAUUCGGAAAGGUCCAUUUAGCCCCAGGCGAGUCCAAGACAGUUAAAUUGAAUGUUUCAAUAAAAGAAGCCACAUCGUUCUGGGACACUUACAAAGAUAAAUGGUGUUCUGAAAAAGGGGACUACACGGUCCAAGUUGGAAACAGUUCCGACAAUAUCUUACUUGAGGAAAGGUUCACUACUGAAAAAACGUUUUAUUGGUUAGGAUUAUAG